AGACGCGCUCGCGGAGGCUCGGAAGCGCACUCGCUGCGCUGAACUCAGCGCCCGGACCAUGGGGGCCCCCGGGGGGAAGAUCAACCGGCCGCGAACGGAGCUGAAAAAGAAGUUGUUCAAGCGGCGCCGGGUGCUGAGACGGGAGCGGCGGCGGCGGCACCGGGUGGUCGGGGCGGUGGUGGACGAGGGGCUCAUUACUCGCCAUCACCUCAAGAAGCGGGCGUCCAGUGCCCGGGCCAACAUUACCCUGUCUGGGAAGAAACGAAGGAAACUUUUGCAACAGAUCAGGCAUGCCCAGAAGGAGAAGGCUGCCAUGGAGGUGGAAGCCCCGCCGAAGCCAGGCAGGACCACUGAGGCACAACUUAGACGGCAGAAGAAAAGGAAAACUGGAAUUAUCCAGGAUGUGGAGAUGGAAGACCUAGAACGGGACAGCUGAGCCCAGACAACCUCAGAAAAGGGCAUCCCUUCAGUUAGGACAAGAAUGAUAGGCUUUUUUUUUUUUUUUAAGUUUUUAUUUUUGGAGGCGGUUGGGGUUAAGUGACUUGUCCAGGGUCAUACAGCUAGGCUGGAUUAGAACCCAGGUCCUCCUGACUCCAGGGCUGGUGUUUUAUCUGAUUCACCUCCUAGCUGCUGCCAUGCCACCAUGGGCUUCUAAGGUUACAUGGCUCAGACCUUUCCCUUCCCUCCCCUCCUAUGCCUCACGGUUCAAGUCCCUUUGCUAGGGGCAGCGGAGUGUCAGAUGCUGUUUCCUGUGCUUCCUGGGGAGGAAAGAAGGGAGACCUGUGACUCAGUAGUGAUAAGUUUGUAAUAAAGUCAUUUGAGUUCUGG